GAGCGCGGUUUUCUUCGGCAACGUGGAAAACUAUAUAAAAGCAACAAGUCUCAGAUCAGUUGAGUCAGUCUUCCUGCGGAAGCAGCGUGCGGUUGGACAAGUUUGCGAAUUCGGAAGUAGUUAAAACAUUGGCAACAGUUGUUCUGUAGUAAUGUGAAUUGGUGGGAGCUAGUGUGACUAUAACUACGACGACGACGUCGAAGACAGCCCCCUGUACAUUAUAGGGCAGUGGAUGGGUGAAAAUGGAGCAAAGCAAUCAAAAGUUCCAUCACCUCUCGGUGCUGUUGUUUAUGGCGGCCAAGCUGUGCUGUCUGCAGAUGUCGAUCGGGGCAACACUAAGCCUCCUACGGCAACCACAUGCUGCUAGUUGCGAUUGUGUGCGAAUUAGUGAUGGUGACAAUAACAAUAACAGUUUGAACGGUAGCUGGAACUAUCCGAACGUAGCUAAUGGUGGACGAAAAGGUUCCGAGUUUUCCACCGGGCAAACUGAUGUGCCAAUUGGAUUCCUCGCAGGCUAUGUUCACUCGAAGGUCAUUCUCGGAGCCCUGUUGCUGGCCAUCGAAAACAUCAACAACGAUUCGUCGCUGCUUCCGGGAAGGAGAAUCAAACUGAAACCCGUCGAUAUUGGGGCGCAGAAAUCGUUGAAAGCUUUUCCAAUAAGGAAAAUGACAGAGAUGCGCGACGAAGGGAUUGUGGCCUUUAUCGGUCCUGAUGAAACAUGCACCACUGAAGCUUUGGUUGCUUCUGCUUGGAACAUUCCCAUGAUUUCAUAUAAAUGCGCCGAUGCUGCCGUUUCCGACAAAACUGUGUACAGUAGCUUCGCCAGAACAUUGCCGCCGGCUACGAAGGUGUCCAAAAGUGUAGUCUCUCUGUUAACGGCUUACAAUUGGCAUAGCUUUUCCAUAGUUGCUGGAAAACAUCCCGCAUGGAGCAUGGAAAUCGCACAAGCCAUAAAGGUUCAAGCGGAAUCAAAUAACUUGACCGUUAAUCAUUUCCGAGAAUAUUCUGAUUACAUUCCAUCGAAAAUCUACAAAUUGCAAAAUAUUGUGGAUGAAACAUAUCAUACCACUAGAAUUUACGUUUUUGUUGGAGACUAUAUAGAGAUGGUCGAUUUUGUGCGCUGUUUGCAGAAUAAAUAUCUACUCAGCAAUGGAGACUAUAUGGUGGUAUCGAUAGAUGACGAAGUAUAUGAUCCCAGCACAAAACGUAAUAUCUAUCAAGAGUACUCAGACUUCUACCAAAAAUAUGCUCGCAACUCCAAAGAAACGGUUGCCAAUAGAAAGCGCUACAGCUUCAAGGAUAUUCAAGAGCGACUGCAGGAAGCGUUCCUUUCGGUGCUACGCAUCUCACCUCUGUUUCCUAUGAAUCCUCAGUACAAAAAAUUGUGUCAUCAAAUAAAAUUAUACGCGAGACAGGAGCCUUUCCGAGUACCGUUACCUAUCAAUCCGAAGAUUUACCAAGAAAUUCAGGUACCGAUCUAUGCUGCCCAUCUGUACGACGCGGUGCUCAUCUAUGCCCGGGCAGCAACCGAAGUCAUCCAAGCUGGAGGAAGCCUGCACGAUGGAAGACUGAUUAUGCGCCAUAUUUUAAAUCGCUCGUACCAUUCGAUCCAGGGGUUCGAUGUCUACAUCGAUGAAAAUGGUGAUGCCGAAGGAAAUUUCACGGUUAUCGCCUUGCAGAAAGACGAGAAAGUGAAUAAUUCUCUCAACAAGUCGAUGCAACCGGUGGGCAUGUUCGUGUACAGCAGUAACGGCACCAAUCUACCGGAGUUCAAAUAUUUGAGCUCGCUGCGACCAAUCAUGUGGGUGAAGGGCCGACCCCCGUUGGCCGAGCCUCCGUGCGGAUUUCAUGGUGAGAAAUGUCGAUUGAUAACACGUGACUGGCGGUACAUUACUGGCAUCAUGAUGGGCACGCUGUUUAUCACGAUAUUUGCUGUUAUUCUAUUCAAACAUUAUCGAUACGAACAAACAUUGGCGUGCCUCCUGUGGAAGGUGGAGAUGAAGGAUGUCACAAUUAUAGGCUCGCCGGAGUUAAUGUACGGUAAUGAUACAAAAAAGAAGUUGACACAAGUUUGCAGGCAAAGUAUUCUCGCAAAUGGUUCAGACACAUCAAAACGUGCCUUUACAAACAUUGGUCUGUACCGAGGCAACAUAGUUGCGAUCAAAUAUCUGCACAAACGAUCCGUAGACAUCACAAGGACCAUCUGUAAAGAACUGAAACAGAUGCGCGAACUGCGGCAUGAAAAUAUAAUCACAUUCAUCGGUGCCUCCGUUGACCAAGGCGUUGUUGCCAUCUUAACGAGCUACAGCGCCCGCGGAAGUCUCGCCGAUGUUCUGGCCAAUGAGGAUCUCAGCCUGGAUCACAUGUUCGUAUCGUCGUUGGUGAGUGAUAUUGUGAAGGGGCUCAUUUAUCUGCAUGACAGUGACAUUGGAUCGCACGGCAGUCUUCGUUCCACUAAAAUAUUGAUCGACUCACGAUGGGUGGCACAAAUAUCGGACUUUGGACUGCACGAAUUCAAAUCCGGACAAGAAGAACCUAACAAAUUCGAUAAAGAAUUACGCCGCAGUCUAUGGAAAGCUCCAGAAAUUCUACGCAACCCAAACACUCCAAGUCGAGGUUCUCAGAAAGGUGAUGUUUACUCAUUUGGGAUAGUUCUUUAUGAAAUUGUCGGAAGAAAAGGACCAUGGGGAGAAAUCAAUCUAAACUUUCAAGAAAUCAUUGCUCGUGUUAUUUCACCGCAAAACUAUGGAAUAUUUAGACCACCUUUACGUGGAUUAGAUGCUGCAGACUAUGUCAUUCAAUGUUUGCAAGCAUGCUGGGAAGAGGAACCUGAAGAUCGUCCAGACAUUCGUUUUGUACGCGUCAAAUUGAAGCCAAUGCAAGCUGGAUUGAAGCCUAACAUUUUCGAUAACAUGCUUGCUAUCAUGGAGAAAUAUGCGUAUAAUCUUGAGGGAAUUGUUCAAGAGCGUACCAAUCAGCUAACAGAGGAGAAAAAGAAAACAGAGUCUCUUCUUUUAAGAAUGUUACCCAGAAGCGUAGCGGAAUCUUUGAUGCGCGGAGAGCGUGUUGAAGCAGAAUGUUUCGAUUGUGUUACUAUUUUCUUCAGCGAUCUUGUCGGUUUUACGGAGCUGUGUGCUCAGAGCAAUCCGUUUGAAGUGGUGGAAAUGCUGAAUGAUUUGUACACGUGCUGCGAUUUUAUCAUUUCUAGCUACGACGUAUACAAAGUAGAAACGAUUGGAGAUGCAUACAUGGUCGUUUCGGGAUUACCAAUACGGAACGGGGAUCGUCAUGCCGGGGAGAUCGCUUCAUUGGCUCUACAUUUAUUGAAUUCUCUGUCGAAUCUGGAAAUACGCCACAGAUCCGGGGAGUUCGUUCAAAUACGGAUUGGCAUACAUUCUGGACAGUGUGUUGCUGGAGUAGUUGGACUUAAGAUGCCAAGAUAUUGCCUGUUUGGAGACACAGUGAAUACGGCUUCAAGGAUGGAAAGUACUGGAGAAGCUAUGAAAAUACAUAUCUCGUCGGUUACGUACAAUCUGCUGAACAAAAUCGGUGGUUACAGAUUCGAGGACCGUGGCCUAGUCAAGGUCAAAGGAAAGGGCGACAUGCGAACGUUUUGGCUGAUAGGAGAGGAUGAUCAGAAAAGAAUGGAUCGUUUCGGAUCAAAUGAAGCAGUAAAAAAUAUGUCUCUAUCCAUCAUCCCGGAUUUGAUUUGUACGCCUGGCCAAUCUCAACCCGAUCUGCAGUACUCCUCGCGGAAUCCAAUGUACACCUGCAGUAAUCAGGAAUUACCAUUCCAGAAAAUUCACGGCACCUUGGGGUGCUACAUAUGCAGGAAGAGAAAAAUUUACCAAAUGCCGUUGAUUCCGCAUGCUGCGUCGCAAAGCUAUUCGGUUAACGGAGCAGGAGCCGUUGUUGCAGAUGAAUCAGUUUGUACUUGUCGACGACAGCACUGUCUGUUCGAUUACUACAAUGAUAAUCUGAUGACCGUCAGAACCAUUCGGGAGCCGAGAUCGGCACCGCAGAUAACUUUUAUGCAGUAACUGAAGGGACUGAUGAACGAUCACAGCAACGAAAUGGUUUCAUAAAUGUUUUGA